AUGCGCAGGGGCAUUGUGAAUCAUUACUACUGGUCGCGUUACCGUAUGCCAACGCAGAUGCCGAAGUUUGAUGGUCCUGCCCCCAUUGCCGCGCCGCAAAACAUGAACAGCACAAAGACAAAUGAGUUCAUUGAUCCUAUCGACGACAAGUUCCCAUUGAGUAUCCGCGGCCCCCUGGUGCGGCCGGAUGUGCCGGAAGAUCAGUAUGUCGACAGUUGGUAUGUAUGCACAUCCAUGACACACCACCUUGGCGACUACCGACCGUGGAGCGCAAGUGCCCCACCCAAUGCCUAUCGCUUCCGUCCGUACAACGAGUUUGAUGCCAAGGGUAGGGAGUACGUGGAGUACAUGCGACAGUUUGCCCGCUACGACCCGCGCAAGUCCCAGGGAAAAGGACAAAAAGGUUUCCCCUUUCGGGAUGCCUACCUCACAAAGAUGAAUGAAGCAAAUAGGACCACACCACCGCCCACACUCGAGACGAUCAUGGACCGUGCGGUGCGGGAGAAACAUCAGCAUGCACGCGUUUUGAGUCCAAUGCAAGUGCAACGUGAUGUGGGUCGCUCAGAGCCCCCGUUGCCAUGCGCUGGCAACAUCCCCGUGGACCGAAGUCAGUUCCCGUUUUGUUGGAAGACGGAAGACUGGUACGAGUAUGAGGUAGCCAAAGUGAGAAACAAGCGCUUCGUCUUUGAGAACACGGAGGAAGAUGGUAUUAAUGGCUCCGAGGUGACGUACAAAAUUGUUCUUGAGGGUUUCUGGGACCAUCACGUGAUGAAGCUGGCGGAAGAUGUCUGCAUGUUUCUACGGGAUGUGGGUCGUCAAGUCACCGAGGAGAAACUUGUCGCGGUGCGGCGCGUCAUGGAAGGACUUACAGGCGGUGCAUUCGAUCCGGAGCUGAUCAACUUCUUUAAUGCCGCCCGUGCGGGCCCCUUUGGUCGCCCCGACGAGUACGACGC